AUGAGCCCGGCGGCGGUUGCGUACGUAGUGAUUCGUGACGAAACGUAUAACGUUAACGCUCCGAAUGUACAUCCUUUUUGAAUAUGCGCUAAAUUCCUCAUUCGAUAUUUCAUGGAAUCACCGCAGCUGUCGGCAUCAUUUGCUCGUAUUGAAGCUGCAUUUGUGUCGUUUCACGGUACGCGUAACAUCGAUAACUUAACAGUAACGGUAACCGUUACGUACACGCGCUAUCGCGAGAAAAGCCAUUUUCUGGUGAGUUUUAUCGAGUGUUUGACAAAGAGAGGGGAAUUUAGAAGGGAAUCGAGCGGACGAGAGUGGGAUCUUGCUCCCUCUCCUCGUACGAGGAAUUGGGGGAGAGCGAAUGAGACCCUUGUCAGAUGGGGGAGGGGAGAUUGUGCACCGGCGAGCAAAUCGUACGUGUCAGACUCGUGGCAGAGGGGUCAACGCGAGGGAAAGAACGACACGAAAUCGAACGUUUUCUGGGCUUAGCGGCGACCAAAUUAUUUACCGUCGUAACGAAUAGUGUGAUACACGUUUUGGGCGUUGGGCGUUUAAAGGAACGUGAGCACGCACACGCGAGCGAGAGGAUGAACGACAUGGAAGCUUACGGGGACGGAUACAUGGCACCGGAGGAGGAAUGGGAGAGGGAGGGUCUCUUGGAUCCUGCCUGGGAGAAACAGCAGAAAAAGACAUUCACAGCAUGGUGCAACUCGCAUCUACGCAAAGCAGGCACUGCCAUCGAAUCGAUCGAAGACGAUUUCAGGAAUGGGUUGAAACUCAUGUUGCUGCUUGAGGUGAUCUCGGGCGAGACCCUUCCGAGACCCGACAGAGGCAAAAUGAGGUUCCACAAGAUCGCCAAUGUGAACAAGGCCCUCGAUUACAUUGCUAGCAAAGGCGUAAAACUGGUUUCGAUCGGCGCGGAAGAAAUUGUGGACGGCAACCUAAAGAUGACCCUGGGAAUGAUAUGGACUAUUAUUUUGAGAUUCGCGAUCCAAGACAUCUCCGUGGAAGAAAUGACCGCGAAGGAGGGACUGUUGCUCUGGUGUCAACGCAAGACAGCCCCGUACAAGAACGUCAACGUCCAGAACUUCCACUUAUCCUUCAAGGACGGUCUCGCGUUCUGUGCUCUUAUCCAUCGCCAUCGGCCCGACUUGAUAGAUUACAACAAGCUCAGCAAGGACAAUCCGCUGGAAAACCUAAACACUGCCUUUGAUGUCGCUGAAAAGUAUCUCGACAUUCCUCGCAUGUUAGAUCCCGAUGAUUUGAUCAACACUCCCAAACCGGAUGAACGAGCUAUCAUGACGUACGUGUCCUGCUACUACCAUGCGUUCCAAGGUGCUCAGCAGGUCAAUAUGCGAAAUACAGCAAUGCCUGACGAGAGGGCCGUGAUGACCUAUGUCUCCUCGUACUACCACUGUUUUAGCGGUGCUCAAAAGGCAGAGACGGCGGCUAACAGAAUCUGCAAGGUACUCAAGGUGAAUCAAGAGAAUGAACGACUCAUGGAGGAGUACGAGCGUUUGGCUUCCGACUUGCUCGAAUGGAUACGGCGAACGAUGCCGUGGCUCGCGAAUCGGCAGACCGACAAUUCUCUCGCCGGUUGUCAGAAAAAACUCGAAGAGUACAGGACGUAUCGGCGCAAACACAAGCCACCGCGCGUCGAGCAGAAGGCCAAGUUGGAAACAAAUUUCAAUACCCUGCAGACGAAGCUUCGACUGAGCAACAGACCUGCGUACAUGCCCACGGAAGGAAAGAUGGUAUCCGACAUCAAUAAAGCAUGGAGAGGUUUGGAGUUGGCCGAGAAAACGUUCGAGGAUUGGUUGCUGUCCGAGAUGAUGCGUCUGGAACGACUGGAACAUCUGGCGCAAAAAUUCAAGCACAAAGCGGACGCGCACGAGGAUUGGACCGCCGGCAAGGAAGAGAUGCUCACGUCCCAACACUUCCGGCAAUGCAAGCUAAACGAGCUGAAAGCCUUGAAAAAAAAGCACGAAGCAUUCGAGUCGGAUCUCGCGGCUCAUCAGGAUCGCGUCGAGCAGAUCGCCGCUAUCGCUCAAGAGCUCAACACCCUCGAGUAUCAUGACAGCGCGUCCGUGAAUGCGAGAUGUCAACGCAUCUGCGAUCAGUGGGAUCGUUUGGGUACGCUCACCCAACGUAGACGUCAAGCUCUCGACGAAGCCGAGAAAAUCCUGGAGAAGAUAGACGUCUUGCAUUUAGAGUUUGCUAAACGCGCUGCGCCAUUCAACAAUUGGCUGGACGGAACAAGGGAAGACCUGGUAGACAUGUUUAUCGUCCACACUAUGGAGGAAAUUCAAGGCCUAAUGGACGCACAUGCCGCGUUCAAAGCUACUCUUGGCGAGGCGGAUAAAGAGUAUAACGCGAUUGUCGGAUUGGUGCGCGAGGUUGAAUCCAUAGUUAAGCAGUACCAGAUUCCUGGCGGCCUAGAGAAUCCUUACACCGCUCUCACUGCGAUGGAUCUUACCAAAAAGUGGAGCGACGUUAGACAGUUGGUACCACAACGCGAUGCCACCUUGGCCGCCGAGCUUCGCAAGCAACAGAAUAACGAACUGCUCAGACGGCAGUUCGCCGAGAAAGCCAAUGUCGUUGGACCAUGGAUAGAACGUCAAUUGGAUGCCGUGACUGCGAUUGGUCUCGGUCUGCAAGGAACUCUGGAGGAUCAGUUACAUCGUCUAAAAGAGUACGAACAGGCGGUGUAUCAGUACAAGGCCCACUUGGAAGAGUUGGAAAAGAUUCAUCAAGCUGUGCAGGAGGGUAUGAUCUUUGAGAAUCGUUAUACUCAGUACACCAUGGAGACAUUACGCGUCGGCUGGGAACAGCUUUUGACUUCGAUCAAUCGUAACAUUAACGAGGUCGAGAAUCAGAUUCUCACCAGGGACUCAAAGGGCAUCACCCAGGAACAGCUGAAUGAGUUCCGCAGCAGUUUCAAUCACUUUGACAAGAACAGGACGGGCAGAUUGGCACCGGACGAGUUUAAAUCCUGUCUCGUCUCUCUGGGCUAUUCGAUCGGAAAGGACAGACAAGGCGACAUCGACUUCCAACGGAUCUUGGCCAUUGUCGAUCCCAACAAUUCCGGCUAUGUGCACUUUGAUGCCUUCCUCGAUUUUAUGACGCGCGAAUCCACCGAUACUGACACAGCGGAGCAGGUUAUCGACAGUUUCCGCAUUCUUGCCGGCGACAAGCCGUACAUCCUGCCAGAUGAAUUGAGGAGAGAAUUGCCGCCGGAUCAAGCGGAAUACUGCAUUCAGCGAAUGCCUCCGUACAAAGGACCGAGCGCCGUUCCCGGAGCACUAGAUUACCGCUCUUUCUCGACAGCUUUAUACGGAGAAUCCGAUCUAUAAACGAACAAUAAUAUAAUAUCGAAAUCAGUGUCAUGUGAUUGACACGAGUAAAUAUCGAAAAAUCAGGAACAGAAAGGAUCGGCUGCUCGGUAAUCGAUGUAAAACGAUCCUUGCAAUUUUCAUUUUAGUGCUCUGAUGCAUCGUAUUUUCGCUUGACGAAACAAUUUUACGAAAAUUCGAAACUCUGUAUAAAAGAAUGCGAUACGAUAUUGCAUUCUUUAACUGAUGAUUGCACAAGCGCGUAUAUUGUAAAAGCUGUUGAGAAAGAGGGAGCUACGAGUUCCGACGUUCAUCGGAAUUUAUAGGAAUUGCCGUUUUCAAUUGUCAAGUCGUAUUGAGAAAAUUCAAUCUUGGCUAUCUCGAUGAUAGAAUAUCUUUCGCGUUUAUACGUUUAUUCACGUGUGAAAAAUCAUCAGAUGCAUGUACGAACCGAGUGUGAAGAUUACGUGCUUGUAUGAGUUUGUUAAUGCGAUGAUACUAAAUAAUCGUCGUUUGGAUCGCCUUUUGUUCAGAGGAUCGCAACGUAGGCACGAAAUCGAUGUACUCUUUUAGAAUGUUGUGCUUUUGUAUUCAUUCUUCUCUACUUUCUCGCGUAGCUUACAUUGGAACGUAACAAUUUUAAUUUCAUCUUUUGUCUCCUUUUCUUCCUUUCUUUUUUCCUUUUAUGGAAAGGAAAGGUAAGUGCCAAUGAGAUAAGUAAGAUCUCUCAUUUGUACAAUUUCUCUCUCUACGCACGUGUUUUGGAAAGGAAUUGAAUUAUGUUAAAAGGGACAAAAUUUGAGUAAAUGUCAUUGGGUAUUUGUGGUUAGUGAGUGCAUUGAUGCUGUAGGCUCUCUAAAGUGUUACUAUUAAUAGUACUUUCUCUCUAUAUAUGCUAAAGUAUUUGAUAUGAAGUUCUAUAGUAAUGUACAUUUUGUAUGGUUAUAUAUUGCGAAAGAUAUGUAUACACAAUACAUACAUAUAUAUAUAUAUAUUUUUUGACUCGGGAUUUUGACACCGUAGCGAUUGAUGCGAAUUUAAUGAUGCGUCUUUGGAUUGGAUUUUUCCAACAAAGAAAGAGGAAGAAAGAGAAUUUUCAGUCUCUAAAAUAAUAUUUCUGAUAUAACGUAUUUAUAUCGAAUAGCUCAAGUGUGCUCUCCUUUAAACAUGCUAAAUUUCAUAUCACAUACAUGAUGCAUACAUUAUAUAAAGCGUUGACGCUCCGCCUUGGAUCAAUGCUCGCACGAACGUCUGAAAACACAAAACUCUAAAGCGUAAUAUAACGAACUCUCUACGAAUCUUGACGACUAUAAAUCGACAUUCUCGCUAAGUAUCCAGAAAACGUAUGCUCGAAAAAUCGAAUGUUUAUAUAUACAUAUCUAUAUAUAUAUAUAUAUAUUUUUUUUUUUUUUCUCCUGUAAGCGCGGCACUACGAAUCCCUAAACGAGAUAAGCCGUCGUCUUAUAUACUUUGUAAAUCGUAUAUUAAAGAUACACGCGAAACGAAUACGCUGAACGAAGCAAAUUAUUUAUAUUUCACUUUAAUAAUUAUUUAUUAUAUCGCUACGAUAUAUAUCGCGAUGUUACGGUAGUGAAUGGAAUACUUUUUUUUUUUUCAAAGUAUUUAUUUUUAUAAAUAUAUAUAAUUCACAAAGAGAGCGACAAGGCGCGCCAAUUUAUAAUAUAAUAUAGAGUCAAUCGUGUAAUAUCUUCGGGCUACAACUGCCAGUUACAACAUGCGUCUUAUCCAUCAAAUGGCGUCUAAAGUUCAAUCGUCAUUAUUGUUGAAAUCAUCGCGUGAGUCAUCCUCUCGAUAAAAAUGCUCGUGUGUGCAGGUGCAAAUUACUCUUAUUGGCGAAAGUAAGUUCUUUUUGUUUUUGUUUUGCUUGUGCUGCGGCUUUAAUGCGCUUUUCAGUGUCUAUCUUAACGCAUCUCUUGAGGGUUGACGUAAUUUCUCAUAUCUAUUUGUUUCUUCUCCCUCUCGAAGUACAUGCUAUCCUAGGCAUGCAGAGACGGAUGGUACACGAGAAACACGCGAAAACGAAAAGUCAACUGCUGUUGAUACUGUUGUAUAUACACACGUGACGUAUAUAUAAACGUAAACGUAAACACACGCGAACGCAAAAAGGGAAGCAUGUACAUUGAAACAUAGAUAAGGCAUACGUACCUAUACGUACGUCUAUUCAGUAUACGUAAGAAAGUUUCGAACAUUCGAAUAGAAAAAAUUCGAAAGAUCAAUGUCACUUUAAACGCUUUGCUACUGAAAGAUAGUCCAAACAUACAGAUACAUUCUCAUUUAUGCAACGUGUAUUUACACGCGUAAUUGUAUAAAUUAUUAUAUUAUUAUUGCCACUCGUGUUUAUCUGUGAAUUGCGACAAUUCGAUUAAAAGCUCGAUGGAACAUGAUCAUCCUACGCUACAUUACAAUUAUCAACUUACUACUAUAUUACUUGUUUUGUCCAUUUCUCUCAUCAUCCUAAACUAGAUCAAUAACAAAUAACUUUGUGAAACAAGAAUAUCGGGAAUAAUAAAGAAAUCUG